GUCUAUAUUUUCUUAGGAAUCAGACUCAAUUUCUUGACUUCCAUACCGUUUUUAACACCUCGUUAUGUCCCCUUCGGUGGCCAAUUACAGCGCCGUGGACGCAGCAGACCGCUGGACCCAUUCCAGUAUGGGUAGAGGAGACGAUGGGAGGCGUAGUAAGCGGCAGUUGUGGCUUCGUCUCGUCGCCUUUGCCUUGGUAUUGACUACGGCUGUUUCGCUGCUGUCCACGCUGCCUGUACGGGAAUAUAUGGAGACGACAAGUGCGUGGGUGGAAGAUCAUCUCGUUCUAGGCACUUUGGGCGUCAUUCUGGCCUUCUGGGUCGCCAUCCCGCUCUGUUUACCAGCCACAGCGCUAGAAAUGGUGGCCGGGUCGCUGUUUGGCGUCCCGCAUGCCGUCGUAGUGAUCACUGUGGGCAAAACGGGCGGAUCUACGCUCGCAUUUCUGCUGGGACGCUCCAUGGGCAAGGAGGUGAUCGGCGGCUACCUGCGUACCAAGUUCCCGACCUUCCGUGCGUUCUCAGAGGUGCUGAAUAGUCCGAGUUGGAAGCCUGUACUGCUCUAUCAGCUGUCCAGUAUCCCGAACCUUGUCAAGAUCUACAGUCUCGCUAUCACUCACGUGUCGGUGGCACGCUUCGUAGUGUCAUCGGCGGUGGGGAACUUGCCACACGCCGUACUCUGGGCGUAUAUUGGCGAGCAAGCGACCGAUAUUGCUGCUAUUCUCUCGGGCGAGACCAAGAUAACGACGAGUCGAAUGGUGAUGGUCGUCACGGGACUCUCGCUCACUGUGUUGGCCAUCACGUUCCUCGUUGUGUAUACCAAGCGGCAGCUUCAGGAACUACAGAAGCGCGAAUGCCGCAGUAGCAGCGAAGAAGGACUGCUGCUCUCCAUCGAGAUAGACGCCACGACUCCAAGCAGCGUCAAGAGCGCUAAGAGUACGACCCAGAGCAUGCGUCCGUCGACACCCACGCUCCAGGUCUGGGCUUCAAAUUAAGUAGCGGCCAUUUAAAAUGUAGCCGCUCAUUAUUAAUGCAGGUACUGUUUCAGGGCUUGUUGGUCUCUGGAGUCGUCAGUAUAGACUCUACCGUCCAGGUGUCAUGUGUAACAUGUAUUACGAGCAACGGGCAAUGCUUACGUCCAUUUUGCAAAUCGCGACGCUACACAAACGCCCAGACUUGUCGUAAUCGUUGCCUCCCGUGUCUUUCACCGUAAAGUUUUCAGUGGUAACACUGUUCACAUCGAUAGGACGAUCGCGGCGAGUGUCUGACCAAGGGUUUGUCCUCUUCCUACCACCCUAUUCUUUGCAAUAAGACGAAGCU